AUGAGGCUGGCAAGGCUGUUGCGGGGCGGCACGAGCGUCAGGCCGCUCUGCGCCGUCCCCUGCGCCAGCCGGAGCCUGGCCUCGGCCUCGGCCUCGGGCUCCGGGCCGGCGUCGGAGCUUGGCGUUCCGGGCCAGGUGGACUUCUAUGCGCGCUUCUCGCCGUCGCCACUCUCCAUGAAGCAGUUCCUGGACUUCGGAUCAGUAAAUGCUUGUGAAAAGACCUCGUUUAUGUUUCUGCGGCAAGAGUUGCCUGUUAGAUUGGCAAAUAUUAUGAAAGAGAUAAGCCUCCUUCCCGAUAACCUUCUCAGGACUCCAUCCGUACAGCUGGUGCAAAGUUGGUAUAUCCAAAGCCUUCAGGAGCUGCUUGAUUUUAAGGACAAGAGUGCUGAAGAUACUAAAACUAUUUAUGAAUUCACAGACACAGUGAUAAGGAUCAGAAACCGGCACAAUGAUGUCAUUCCCACCAUGGCCCAGGGUGUGACUGAAUACAAGGAGAGCUUCGGGGUGGAUCCUGUCACCAGCCAAAAUGUUCAGUACUUUUUGGAUCGAUUCUACAUGAGUCGCAUCUCAAUUAGAAUGCUACUCAACCAGCACUCUUUAUUGUUUGGUGGAAAAGGAAGUCCAUCUCAUCGAAAACACAUUGGAAGCAUAAAUCCAAAUUGCGAUGUAGUGGAGGUCAUUAAAGAUGGCUAUGAGAACGCCAGGCGGCUUUGUGAUUUGUAUUACGUUAACUCUCCUGAGCUAGAACUUGAAGAACUAAAUGCGAAAUCACCAGGACAGACAAUACAAGUGGUUUAUGUACCAUCCCAUCUCUAUCACAUGGUGUUUGAACUGUUCAAGAAUGCAAUGAGAGCGACCAUGGAGCACCACGCAGACAAAGGUGUUUAUCCCCCGAUUCAAGUUCACGUCACACUGGGUGAGGAGGAUUUGACUGUGAAGAUGAGUGACCGGGGAGGUGGUGUUCCACUGAGGAAGAUCGACAGACUCUUCAACUACAUGUACUCCACCGCACCCCGGCCUCGGGUAGAGACGUCCCGUGCGGUGCCCCUGGCUGGAUUUGGUUACGGAUUGCCUAUAUCACGCCUCUAUGCACAGUACUUCCAGGGAGACCUAAAGCUGUAUUCUUUAGAAGGCUACGGAACGGAUGCCGUUAUCUACAUUAAGGCUCUGUCAACAGAAUCCAUCGAAAGACUUCCCGUAUAUAACAAAGCUGCCUGGAAGCAUUACAAAACCAACCACGAGGCUGAUGACUGGUGUGUGCCCAGCAGAGAACCGAAAGACAUGACCACAUUCCGAAGCUCUUAAAUGCACAUGGGACGCUUGGCAGCUCCAAAUGUGGUUUUGCUAAAUUUGGAAAAGAUGUAUUUGGAACCACAUUGUACCGAAUAUGUCACAUGUGAUUUUCACAAUUAGUGUUCGCUAAAGGGUCCUAAAGGAUCAAUUAUACCAACUGUAUUCUGAUAAACGUUUGGUUAAUUGGG